AUGUCCAAUUCAAGCCGUGACCGACAACUCUUGCGAGACCUGAAUCGCCUCGACCGCCGACGAGAAGCAGAAGCCACCGAUCGCUCAGCCGAAGACGAGACGAGGAGGCAGAGACUACAACGCGUGCUUGCGAGACUAAGCCGACUGGAGGACUCGAGACCAACCUCAUACGGUGUGCCGCCGACACACCAAUCCCUCUACGAUUGGGCUCCUACCCGUACCAAUGAAGAGCACGAGUCCGAUCAAGCUGCCUUUCGCCGUCGUGCUUUGUAUCGUCGCCAUGAUCUGAGAAGUGCUGCCAUCAUGCAGAAUGCUCGUACUAGUGUUCUCUCGCCCAGUGCCACCCAGCAUAACCAAGAUACCGACGAUACCCAAGACGCUCGAAGCGCAUACCGACGGACAUAUCUGGCUGACAGUCCUGCUCAAGAGACUCCAUCCUCUACUUCUUUGUUACGACCAUCGCCUCUGCUCGAGUCCGCUGUCAAAUAUCUAGACGACGUGCGCGAUUGCUCUUCAUACGACGAGUCGCUCUCUUCAGCCCUUGAUCACGGCCUCUUUGCCCCCGAGUGCUAUGAUGACCUAGUAACAGAUACGGGCUGUCUUGGUCCCCAGCCUUCCUCGUGGCUUACACCAGGCGCUGUUUAUCGAGGUGCACAGCAUACCACCACAUCCGCAAAAGCCUCCUCCCUUCGCACCCCGGCAGCAUUCGAUGCUACUCGUCCGUGGCUUGGUCAUAAUCCAAAUCCAGACUCUCGUUCUAUUCCUCCGACAUUUCCUGGAAACCCCUUCUCUUAUCUAUCGCUACCACCCCGAGAGGUUCAAGAUCGUUGGCCCGUCAAGGUCACAGUUCAAGCGGCAGACCUGCGUAAAAUGACUAUGGCUGGUACCAUGGAGGCCUUUGACGUUCCUAACACAACACAUUCGUCUGUCGAAACAUGCACACCAGCACCUCCUAUCACGACAUAUCUGGAAGGGCAAAUCAUCGACUUGAACGUACACACUUUUCUCACACCGGCCAAUCUACCAAGUUCAGGAGACAUCACAUUUCCCCCGACGACAGCCCAAACGGACGCCUCGUACUGGCGAAAUCUACCUCCUUUCAGCGGCAUGAAAUCUGACGAAGACGUCGCUCGCGCCAUGCUGAGUCGAGCGCAGAUGGAUGAAAUCAUGUCGGAAUGGAUAUUCAUGCGCUGGAAGGAGCGCUGCUUCAUACAUUCCGAGUCAGAUCUCUGCCAUAGACACACCGAGCAUCGAAGAGCUGGCGAAGGGGACGACAAUGACCUGAAUCAUGGAUUGACCAUUAGCGGAUUUUACUAUGUUAGUCUAAGGAGGAGUGAUGGGAAUAUUGAUGGCUUGUACUUUGAUACCAAGACGAGUCCAUAUCAACAUUUGAGGCUCGCUGCGAAGAACGGUGGGACGCUUGGGUCAUGGCAAUUCAAAUGA